GGGAGAACCUCCGCCGAUUAUUGUGGGUGGCGACUAGCGGGGAAAAAAAUAAAGAAAAAAAAAAUCCGAGUGAAGAAAUUCCCCCACAGCGUGACACGUGGCGUCCUGUGCAAAACUUCUCCCCCUCCAAGUUCCCGUACAACUGGAACAGUCUCUCUCUCUCUCUCUCUCACACACACUCUUUAUCUCUUCUCCCCCUCAGUUCUCAAGCGCGGCACAGACACCUCUCUCUCUCUCUCUCUCUCUCUCUCUCUCUCCCUUGAGAGAGAUAUGGCGAGCAACAGAGACAGAGACGAUGCUUUGGCAUUCACUAACCCUUCGUCCUCAUCGUCCCCAAUCCUUGCCUCCGACCCGCACGACAGCUUCCUUUCUGACACCCCUUCUCUCAUCGGCAGCGCCUCCGGAAGCUUCCAGAGCGAGGGAUUGCUAUCCGAAACCAUCAGCGACGCCGAGUUUGGAUUCUCUCGCCCCGACUUCGGGACGAGUCGACUCGCCGGGACAGUCGAUUUCUACCAGCGCCAUGUCUUUCUUUGUUACAAGAAUCCUCAGGUCUGGCCCCCAAGAAUCGAGGCCUCCGAGUUCGAUCGCUUGCCGAGGCUGCUCUCCGCUGCUGUGAUGGCUAGGAAGGCUGAUAUGAAAAAAGAGACCCGCUUGACAAUAUGUGAGGGACAUGAUGGAACUGAGACAUCAAAUGGAGAUGUACUAAUCUUUCCAGACAUGAUCAGAUACAGGAGAUUGACACAUUUUGAUGUUGACACGUUUGUCGAGGAAGUGCUUGUUAAGGAUGUUGAAUGGCUUCCUGGAACUCCUGAAACAUUAAAGGGUGCCUAUGUUUUUGUAUGUUCUCAUAUGUCCCGGGAUCGCCAUUGUGGAGUUUGUGGACCUGCCCUUGUCAGUAGAUUCAAAGGGGAGAUAGAACUACAUGGUCUUCAAAGUACAGUGUCUGUUAGCCCAUGCUCACACAUUGGAGGCCAUAAGUAUGCAGGAAAUAUUAUCAUAUUUAGAUCCAAUCUCAAUGGAGAAGUCACUGGGCACUGGUAUGGGUAUGUUACUCCAGAGGACGUGCCUGCAUUGCUUGAGCAGCAUGUUGUGAAAGGAGAUAUUGUAGAUAGGUUGUGGAGGGGGCAAAUGGGUUUAUCAGAAGAAGAACAGAAGAAAUCUCAAGAACUAAGGCUCCAGUUGAAUGGAGAGAUAAAUGUAGAACAAAAGACUGAAGAACUGGCACAAACACACCAGAGUGAGACGCUCACUGCUGACUGUAGAUCUCAAGUUGAGGUAAUGGCGUGUUGCCAGGAAAAGGGAAAGUCCAACUGCUGUCAGAACCGUGUGUUAGAAGAAAAGCUACACAGUCUUGAUGCCAAUGUGGCAGCAAAGGCAACGACCCAAAAAAGGAGCAGCAAGAAACUAAAUUUCCGGAUGAAUAGUGGUAAAGGUGCUAGUACACGCAAAGUUUGUGCCAUGCCAACAUGGUUCGAGAGCUGGGAGCGUGAAGAUACCUAUGCAGCUCUUACUGUUGUUUGUGCUGCGGCUUCAGUUGCCAUUGCCUUUAGUUGCUACAAACAGCUGAGAUAAAACUCCCGAUCAAAUGGUUGUUUUGAUUUAAUGAUACAAGGAUUUAGAGUACUCUUCCCGUUAUUGUUUCCUAUCUUAAAAGAAUACCAGUGUCAUUUCAUGUUGUAAUGCCACUCCGGAAGGAUGAUUGGAUUUAGAAGUGUAAAGAGUGGAAGAAAAUCAUCAAAUAGAUGUGUCCAUUAUUCAUACAUCUUGUUCGAGAAACUGAUUUAAUUUCUUUGUGUCAUCCUAAUGAGUGGGCUGGCAAUGUAACGUCCUACAGAGCUUCAAGGCAUGUCCAUUUGAUGAACUA